GCCCUUUUUUUUUUUUGGCACUUCUCUCCGUGAUUCUGUUCAAGAAGCUUCUUCCGCUCCCAUUUUUUUCCUCAAUAUUUAUUUCUUUUAAUUAAAAAUUUUCGUCUACUCGAUCGAAACCUAAAUUUGUGCAUAUACUUGUCAGUGAUUUACGAUAAGCUUUUUUUUAAAAAAUUAAAUAAAUUAUACUUAUUGAUUCUCUCGUCGCGUCGCUUUGCUUUGCUUUAAAGCGUUCUCCAAAAAAGAAAAACUCAUAAUCCGUGAUUUGAGCAAAUAUUAUUAAUCGUCAGUUUACAUUUAGUUCUAUUUCUGGGUUAAUUGUGUUUUUAUUUGUCUCUUCUUCAAAUUAGUGUGAGAGAUUAGGGAAACCAAAAUCAUCUGACAUUAAAUAAAAAGGUUAAGCCAUAUUUGUCUCAUCUUUCUUUCUCUGGCUUCUUUUUUUUUUCUUUUAAGUUUUGGUUCCUUCUAAAAUUGUAAGGCUUUUUAUGUGCGUUUUGAGUUUUUUUCACCUGCAAACCAAAAAAAAGAUGCGAUUUUUGAUCGAUAAGGAGAGAUUCGAAUUUCUCUGACCAUCUCAGUUUCUUCGUCAAGUGUUCUUUUUUAUGUUUUUUCGACUCGACCCAGAUUCUGUUUUCUUCUGGAAAUUUUGGAUUUUUUUUUGAAUCUGAAGGGAUUAGUUACAGUUUGGUCUCUCUCAUAGGGGAUGAAUUCUCCGUUGAGUUGCAAGAAUCUGAGACUUUUUUCAAACUCUGUUGCUUGCAAAUGUCUUGUUCUUGUUGGUAUUGCUCUGUUCUACAGAGCUCUGUUACUCUCUUACUCUCCCAGAAACGCUCUCAACGGUAGCUUAUUGAUUCGAGCUCGUCACAUGUCAGAUUCCUCCUCCUCCUUAACAGAUGGAAUCCGAGCUGAUAAGUUUCUCGAGGUUCCUCAGAUCGUCUGGGGACUAAACAAUCAGAAGAUAGCUUUCGCUCGAGCUUGCUUGACGGCGAGAUUGAUGAACAGGACGCUUCUCAUGCCUAGUCUAAGUUCUUCCUUGUUCUACAAGGAAGUCGAUAAGCUGCGCCCCAUUCCUUUUGAUAAAGUGUUUCAGUUUGAAAGAUUCAACUCUCUCUGCUCAGGGUUUGUGCGGAUUUCUCAGUUCUCUGAUGUUAGAAACAGAGCACAUGUGUUUGAUCUAGAGAAAGGUAGUGGAAGAAGAUGGACGGUUGAAAGAGACUUGGAACAGCUGAAACACUCCGCACGUAACGAGUCCAUCGAUGAGUUUGAAGUGAUCCGUGUCAUAGGGAAGAACCCGUUCUUGUGGCAUGAUCAUUGGCCUGUAGAAGACUAUGCUAAGGUCUUUGAGUGUAUGGUUGUGGUUGAUGAAAUCUCAAGGGAAGCAGAUAAAGUUGUGAUGAAAAUCCGAGAAGCAGGUGAGGCAGAAAGAGCCAAACUCGAAUCCAAAACCGAGAUCCCCGGUCCGAUACCUUUUGUUGCGGUUCACAUGAGGAUAGAGAUAGAUUGGAUGAUACAUUGUAAGAAGCUAGAGCAACGUAAAAAGGUCUCAGAGAUUUGUAGUAGCAAAAGCGAGAUUAUGGAGAGAGUAGGGAACAUUCCCGGUUUAAAGACUCCAACAGUUCUUUACCUUGCAGUAGCAGAUACUCUCUUGGAAGCAAAAGAAGAAGACUCAUCUGUGUUGACGGGUUGGAGAGACGGAUUAAUACCGUUUGAGAAGAAGAAGCUUGGGGUUAAAGAGGAGAUUUAUGGAAAGUAUUCAUAUUUGAUUCAAUCAGCUAUAGACUAUGAGGUGUGUUUGAGAGCAGAUAUUUUUGUUGGUAAUAGUUUUUCGACUUUCUCUAGUCUCAUUGUUCUUGAGAGGACACAGAAGGCGAGAAGAUUAGGGUUUAUGAGUUCUUGUAAAGAUGGUGAAAACGAGUGGAGAUCGUAUGCAUAUAAUCUGGCUGGUGAAUCAAAGGGAGUUCCAAGGAGGUGGAUGACGAAUAUGACUCAUUCGAGCUUGCAAGCUAUUAGCUAUGGCUCUAAUGCUGUUUCUUGUUCCAGUGGGUGAAAUUGGCACUUUGGAUUUAGUUUUUUUUUUUGGCUUUCUUUUAUACAAUUCGUUUAUUUGUGAGGGUAAAUAGAUGUGUAAAUUUUACUAGAAAAAAGAACAAUGCCUAAAUCUUCUUUUUUCAA